GUUUUUGUUGAAGUUCCAGAGUCCAUGUCGUUUUACGAUACAGCUACCAUGCCAAUGAUGCUUACUGCUGUUGGGGUUGCACUUUUUGCCAAACUUCUUAUGAUGUGUGUGUUCACAAGAUUUGAGAAUUGGGACUGUUUCUGUUGGCUGGCAGUAUGAUGAGUCAAGAUCUCAAGAAUUGAUUGAGCGCAAGAUAAGGAAUGCUCCUCCUGAACAAGGGACGGUUAGGAUGCUCACCCGUGAAGAGUGGGAGGAAAUUCGAGAAGUGAGGCCCAGGACACCUUUUGAAUCAAAGCUUGCUCGACCUAAUGCACGAAUAAGGACAGGAGGUGCUGUUAGAAAGCCACUGGCAGUCUUACUGAAUAUAUGGAACUAUGUGGAGAAUCGGGGAUAGAUCAGAGAGCCAGUGAGAAAUAGAGAGGCUGCACAUGUGAGGUCCCGUGUUCGUAUAUGAUCUGGUAAUCUGGAGGAUGUGAAGGAUUGGGGAAUCGAUGUCCUUAUGGACGCUGUUACACGAGUGGAAGAAAGUGUCAAACAUAAUUAGAGGUGAUGUUUAGGCCAAAUAUCGAUCUCAGAUAAAGAGCGUACUACUUUCACUCUCAGCUCAUAAGAUUAUCAAGGAUUACCUCAAAGGUUCUUAACUCGUAAACAGGCUAUGUUAAGUUGGCUUAUUUUAAAAGGAAAGAAUCCUGUGUUCGUCCAAUUUGGAUCAUUGACUAUAGCUCUUUCCUUGAUAUUGGAUAAUUGUAUGAUUAUACUGGUACGGAGUUACGGAGUAUUACUUAUUAUUAGACCUUUUUCCAUAAGACAUGCAUGUUACAUACAUUCAUACAGAAGAAUGUUGGAAGCUGCCUUUGUUUUUAGGUCCCAUUUUAAGUGGUGACAAACUGACAACUAUUUUUCUUCGUUUCCUUGAAAAAUAAAAAUUUGCCUUCUCUCUGUGUAUCUAUACUCAUUUCACUCCAUUAAUCAAUUUUAUUUCCUUUCUUCUUGAUAAUUAUUUUAUCUUCUUAUUUGAAUCAUAAUUAUUUAACUUACCCCACAAAGGCCACAUUUAUUUUAGAAUCACAAGCUAAUUAAUCUUGGUUUGAUUAAUUUCAUUAUCAAUAGCUUUAUUUCCUUAUUGUUUGAUUUAGUUCCUAGUUAUUUGAUUUAUUUCCUUAUUAUCUGAUUCCCUUUUGCAUAUUUCUUUUUGACAAACUAGCUAUUUAAACUGACUUAUUCUCUUUGGUCUUUGUACUUCUUUUGAAUCAAAAAAAAAAAAAAAAAAAAAAAAAAAAAAAGAGAGAGAAAAAGAAAAAGGAAAAAGAAGCUAUUUAAACUGACUCAUUUACAAUCUUUUCUAAUUAACUUCAUUGUCAUUUUAAAAAUUGAAUUUAAUUCAAUUACCCAAAAUUUAGUUAUGACCUCAAAAAUGUCUAUACUAGUAUGUUAUUUUAUAGCUAGCAUUUUAAUGGGAAUUUUGUGUGGAGUACAUGGAUCAUCAUUCCAUCAACAGCAGCCUGUUCUUACCAUCAAGACUGAGAACGGCCAAGAAUUUGAUUGCGUGGAUUUUUAUAAGCAACCAACUUUUAAUAAUCCAUUGAUGAAAAAUCAUAUGCAUGAGGUAAACAUAACUUCUUUGCAAAGUCAAGAAGGGGAACCCAAGAAUUUAGCGCUCAAAAAUGGUUGUCCAUUAGGAACCGUCCCUAUUUUACGAUCAUUUUACGAUCUAAAAUCUUCAAUUGUCGAGCCUAACGAAGGAGAAAAUUGUAUUGCUUCACUUCGAACUACAGAAAUUGGAGGUAGAGUAUUUUAUGGAGCUAGUGGUUCAGUGGGCAUAUUUAAACCUGUAGUAAGUGGAACGCAAUGGUCUGCUUCUCGAAUAAAACUUCAAAGUGGAAACGAUAGUAUUGAAGCUGGUUGGAUGGUAAAUCCACCUCUAUACAGCAGCUCUGAUCCCCAUCUUUAUGCAAAAUUCACUGCUGGACCAACAGAAUGCUUAAGUUUACAAUGUCCGGGAUUUGUUCAAGUGUCCAAAAACUUUCCUUUAGGCGCUAGGCCCGAUCGCUUUACUCACAUAGGUGAUGAGACAAUAUUUUAUUGGAACAUCACUAUUGAAAAGCAUCCUGAUGACGGAAAUUGGUGGUUGUCAAUUUAUAUGGCUUCGAGUAACAUUCAGAUUGGAUUUUGGCCGAAAAGUUUGUUUACAUCAUUGGCAGAUUCGGCUGCUCAAAUUGAAUGGGGAGGCCAAAUCAACAACCCUGGUGAUAGAACUCCAGAUGAUCCUGAAAUGGGUAGUGGUAUUAAGGCAACAGAUGACUUUACAAGAAGUGCAGCGAUCUUCGACGUUAGUGUUGAUAAAGGUGUAUUAAUCCCAGGAGAAUCAGAAAUAUAUGCAGAAUGUAACGAUUAUACAGUCUAUGAUGCUGGAACUCGAGAUUUUUGGGGUCGUUUAAUUUUUUACGGAGGUCCAAAAAGUUGAGUAAUUAUUGCUCCAAAUAAGUCGAACUAGUAUCUAGCUUCAUGUAAUUUGCAGCAAACUUUAUACUGGCCUUUAAGCCCUUUAAUAUGUCUUUUUUAUUAUUUA